AUGGUUGAAGCAGAGAAGCGGCGACGACCCACGGCGAGGAGCAGCGAAGCAGCAAUGACCCACGACGAGGAGCAGCGAAGCGGCGCGACCCACGGCGACAAAGCAAAGUAUCUGGAAGAUAUGCUCAAGUAUGACUCGUUGUAUAAAUACAACACUCCGUUCAGGCCAAGGAUACUUGAUUUUGCAUUUGUGGAUAUGCUAGAAACAGGAGAACAAGCUCCUGGCUCGGUAUGGGUGGCAACCUGGAUGACAAACUACAGGAAGACGUAUAGUUAUACAAUAAAUGUUAAUCAUGGUACAAGGAUGCGACUUGCGUUGGAUUUGAUUCUAAGGCCCCACAACUUGAUGCUGUGUAAUCUUGCUUUGUCACUGUGGGUCGCGCCGCUUCGCUGCUCCUCAUCGUGGGUCAUUGCCGCUUCGCUGCUCCUCGCCGUGGGUCGUCGCCGCUUCUCUGCUUCAACCAUCGCAGGUCUCAGAUCUCAAGUUUCAAGUGUCUUCUUCUCUGCUUCAAGCCUUCAACCCUCUCAGUACUAUGACAUUAGAAAGAAAUGCGAGGGAAAUCUGUGUUAUGACUUCUCCAAUGUAGAGACAUUCUUAAACGAGAAGACAGUUAGGGAUGAUUUAGGUGUUGGGAACUUGGACUUUGUUUCGUGUAGUAGCACAGUCUAUGAUGCUAUGAUGCAGGACUGGAUGAGAAACCUCGAAGUUGGAAUCCCGGCUCUUCUUGAGGAUGAAAUCCAUGGUUCUUGUAUAUGCUGGAGAAGAAGAUCUCAUAUGCAAUUGGCUUGGUAAGCUUUUUGUAGCCAACUCAAUUAAUUUGAAGCUAAAGU